GUGCCAAUGGCCACAGACUUACAAUCGCAGCAAGUGUCAAGAUGAUGUCGGCUCUGCUGCGUAAUGCUGCCCGCCGCCCGGCCACGCAGGCGUUCCGCCCGGCCGCCCAGCAGCAGCGCUCGCUGUGGGCCGCGGUGCCCGAUGGACAGGACGCGAACCGCGUGGCCAGCCGCAUGCAGACGAUCCUGGCCGAGGACGGCACGCUCAAGACGCUGUCGCGCAAGCGGUUCCACGAGAAAAAGUGGCAGAAGCGCAAACGCAAAAACGAAGAGCAGACCAUCCGCCGCGCCAACCGCCGCGUCGGCUCCAUGAUCGACUUCAUCCUUCGCCGCAAGAAAUCUGGCCACUAAGCAGCGCGACGUAUCACGGCUAGAACGACAGACUAGAACGAGAAGCUCUUGGUGAAUAUAGGGAAGAUGAUCGGAUGUUAUUGUUUUGCAGAUGCAACAGGUUCCUUCAUUAAGAGAAG